AUGGCCACUGUCACUUCACCCGAUUUUAGUAUGAUUCUAUUUAAAGCAUGUAGCGAGAUUGUUCAUGAACUUGUUGUUGCGGUAAAAGAGGGAAAGGAUGUAAAUCUCAAUGGAAUCAAAUCCAGAAUUUCUCGCAAAUACAAGAUGCAUACUCAACCCAAACUAGUUGAUAUUAUUGCUGCUAUCCCUGAACAACAUCGUGCAACUCUGUUGCCCAAGAUUCGUGCAAAACCUGUUAGAACUGCAUCUGGGAUUGCUGUUGUGGCAGUCAUGUGCAAGCCACAUAGAUGUCCUCACAUUGCAAUGACUGGAAAUAUCUGUGUAUAUUGUCCUGGAGGGCCAGACUCUGAUUUCGAAUACUCGACACAAUCAUACACUGGCUAUGAACCCACUUCAAUGCGUGCCAUUCGUUCACGUUAUAAUCCAUAUGAACAGGCACGAGGUCGUAUUGAUCAACUCAAGAGUCUAGGGCAUAGUUGCGACAAGGUUGAAUAUAUUAUCAUGGGUGGAACCUUUAUGUCACUUGGUGAAAAUUAUCGUAAUUGGUUUAUUUCGAGACUUCACGAUGCUCUCACUGGCCAUUCCAGCAAUGAUAUUGAUGAAGCAGUCAGCUUUCUAAAUGUCAAUACUCUUGCUAGAUUUUCUGAACAAAGUCAAACCAAAUGCAUCGGUAUUACUAUUGAAACGCGUCCAGAUUACUGUCUCAAACCACAUCUCAGCCAAAUGCUGCGAUAUGGUUGUACCAGACUUGAAAUCGGUGUUCAAAGUGUAUACGAAGACGUUGCCAGAGAUACAAACAGAGGGCAUACUGUAAAAGCAGUAUGCGAGACAUUUCAACUAGCAAAGGAUACUGGAUACAAGGUUGUGGUUCAUAUGAUGCCCGACUUGCCCAAUGUUGGGAUGGAACGUGAUCUGGAGCAAUUUAAAGAAUAUUUUGAAAACCCUGCAUUUAGAUCGGAUGGUCUAAAAUUAUAUCCAACUUUGGUUAUUCGUGGAACUGGUUUGUAUGAAUUAUGGCGCACUGGAAGAUACAAAAACUAUGCUCCACAAGCACUUGUUAAUCUUAUUGCCAAGAUUCUGGCCAUGGUACCUCCUUGGACUCGUGUAUAUCGUGUACAAAGGGAUAUUCCUAUGCCACUAGUGACAUCCGGCGUCGAAUAUGGUAAUCUAAGAGAGCUUGCCUUGAGUCGUAUGAAAGAUCUUGGUACCGAAUGUCGUGAUGUGCGCACGCGAGAGGUUGGUAUUCAGGACAUUCAUAACAAGGUACGUCCAGACCAAGUGGAAUUGAUCCGUCGUGAUUACGUGGCCAAUGGUGGAUGGGAAACCUUUCUUUCGUAUGAAGAUCCAGAGCAAGAUAUUCUUAUUGGUCUACUACGUCUUCGAAAGUGCAGUGAGGCCGUGUUCCGACCUGAACUCAAGACUGUCGGACAAUGCUCUAUUGUGCGAGAGUUGCAUGUAUAUGGCAGUGUAGUUCCAGUUCACAAUCGCGAUCCAACAAAAUUCCAGCAUCAAGGGUUUGGCACCAUGCUAAUGGAAGAAGCCGAGCGAAUUGCCAAAGAAGAGCAUGGAAGUGUCAAACUAUCUGUUAUUUCAGGCGUAGGUACUCGUCACUAUUACCGCAAACUAGGAUAUGAAUUGGAUGGACCAUACAUGUCCAAGAUGCUAUGA